AUGGAUCGUAUCAAAAUAGGCAUUCUUGGUAUAAGUGAAUUCAAAUGGGCAGGAAAUGGUCAUUUCACAUCUGGAGGCAACGAAGUCUAUUACUCUGGCAGUCAAAACACCAGGAAAAACGGAGUGGCCAUCGUAUUAAACAAGAAACUCGUAAAUUCGGUAACCAGAUACUUCCCAAAAAAUGGCAGAAUAAUCUCUAUUCGACUCCGAGGACAACCAACAAAUUUAACAACAAUACAAAUCUACGCACCAACUACAGAAGCAGAUGAAUCAACAAUCGACAGUUUUUGCAUGGAUUUACAACAAACACUAGACAGUACACCAAAAAAAGAUGCCAUCCUGAUAACUAGAGACUGGAAUGCAAAGGUUGGAGAAACGGUGGUACCUGACAUAGUUGGAAAAUUUGGUUUGGGGAAACGCAAUGAACCUGGGGAGAGAUUGAUUGUUUUCUCUGAAGAAAACGGUAUGAUCAUCACCAAUAUAUGCUUUCAACAACCAAAACGACGAUUAUACACAUGGACAACACCAAAUGGCCAACAUCGAAAUCAAAUCGAUUAUAUUCUCUACAACAGACGAUGGAAAACCUGUAUAACAUCAAUCAAAACACGACCAGGAGCUGACCGCGUCACUGAUCACGAACUCCUAGUGGCAAAUUUUUGA